CGGAUCAAGAGUAGAGAGAGAGAGAGAGAGAGAGACGCACAGACGCAGCCAACUCUUGUCUAGUACAGUACACCAGUCUACAAGUCAAGCGCUCACUGUCUCCUGAUCAAACACCACGCACUUCGCUCUCACCGCCCGAUGGAGGCCGAGGUCGGCCUGAUGAACCGCCAGAUCAUGGAUGCGGUCGACCACAACUGCAACAGCAUGCCCGCCGAGCUGGAGGUGAAGAAGCUCCAGGCGCUGGUCCGGAGUCUGGAGCUUCAGAAUCAGCAGCUGAGGAGCCGGCAGAACCGCACUCUGUCCCCGGUCCCCGCGUCCAGCAAACUCGAACACAGGGAGAACAACAACCAUAACAUCAACAACAAGAACACCCCCUCGGGUGUGCUGGCGUAUUUCCAAGCGUAUUUCUCCGAAAAGCAGGCCGGAGGUGGGGAGACCACCACGGUGAUGGACGACGUGGAGGAGCUGGACCUGGAGGCCAUGUUCUCCUCCAGGGAUUCGGACGACGAGACCUGGCUGUACGUGUCAUCCCGGGCAGCCAUGUGUGCGGACAGCCCCCCCCUGUCUCCUCUGACGUGGUGCAGGAAGGUUCUGGACAGCCCCCGGUCUGAGGGGCCCACGAGGACCCCGUCCCUGAACCUGCAACGAGGCUGGAACUCGGCGAGUUUCGACGACGACGAGAGGGAUGUCGUCGCCACGAGUUACAAGCUCAAUGACCUCACAGAUGUACAGGUCAUGGCCCGGCUGCAGGAGGAGAGUCUGCGUCAGGACUACGCCAGCACGGCCCCUCGUCGGGAGAGGGGGCCCAGCCUCUCGCGCCGGACCCCCCGUCCCACGGAGGAGGACUGCGGGCCCCUUACCCCUCCCCAGCUCGCUCCCUCCAGCCUCCCCCGGCCACACACGUUCUCCAGCGCACGGGACUGGCACCGCAGCAGCGUGUCGCUGUACACACCCCCGGCUACCCCCCCAACUUCCCCCGUCCAAACGUACGCUUCCAGGGCCUUCUUCGCCUCCCCCCCUCCACGGGCGGGCACCGCCGGCCCCAGCGCUGCCCAGCCGCAGGCCCCCAGACCCGGAUCAGUAGACAAGCUGCGCCGAAGCAUGCCCAACCUGGUGCGGGCUCCCAGCAUGCCGAGCGUGCACAUCUCGGCCAAUCAGGCGGCGCCCCUCUCCCUGCUGCGUAACAGCCUGAGCUUUGAUUCGUCGUCGGCUCAGUUUCACUCCUCCAUCCAGCUGCAGAGCCGCGUCCACAGCGUGGGAAGCUUCUCCACGCCGUCGCCGACUCAACCGCCAAAGGCCACCGCCUACGUCAGCCCCAUCAUCAAGGGCUCGGUUUCUGUGCCGACAGGCAUCCCGUCGCUCGGCAACAAGACCCCCACCCAGCCCCCCACGCCCCGUAGCAGAGGCCUGCCGCGCCCGGCCUCAAGCUCCGCCCCCCGGAUCUCCCAGUUGCCACGAAGUUUGUUGACACCCCCCAAGACUAUGACCCAGCUGACCCCCCUGCGGCACGCCAGCUGGAACGACGGCUGCUACUGACCCAACAGGAAGCUUACCCCCCCCCCCCAACCCGCCACCAACACUCCCACUUCCUUCCCUUCUGGCCAAUCAGCACUAUCAGGUACCCUGCGUGUAGAAAGGACUUUCCGAGAUUUAAAAAAGGACGCCCGAGAUCCGCACAAUAUCGGGGAGAGAGUUUAAAAACUGCGGUAAAAGUGUUUUAUCUUUAAAAGUAUUGCAGCGGGAAACUGCCCGCUACUUCCGUGAGCUUUAGGACUUUCCUUCACAGACUCUGUGAGGUUCAGAGUGGCCAACGGUCGGUUGUGUUUUAAGAGUUUGAUAAUGCCUCCAAUGAGGACGACCAAGUGCAAUAACGCGGCUAACUGACUAUGCUAAUGAUAGUUUUAACCGACGCGCCUCACGUUUUUAUUAGGAUAUUGAAUAUGAUUCAGGUGUGUGUUUUGUGUGAGUGUGUGAGGUGUGUUAGCGGUGGUCGGAAAUACCACUGCUAAAGGCUGCUAUGCUGCUACAACGAUAAUGUCCUUGCUUUUCAGGCAAAAGUGUGUGUGUGUGUGAGUAUUUAAAUGCAAUAUUAUUUAAACUGCCUGGAUGUGUUUGUAAAGUGAUUCAACCGUCCUAAAAGUUUCCAAUUUAAUAACAGAUUUAUGUAUUUUUGCGCACUUUAUAGUUGUAUUCCUGCUAUGACCACUGCACUGAUUGUUACUCUAUGAUUUCUUUCUUUUUCCACCACUAAGUAUGUUGAAUGCACUAAUUGACCCCCUGUCCUAACGAUGCACUUUGUUUUAUAAUCCACCUUUCACACUACCUUGAUACUUUUGUAACUACGUCAAUGAUUGAGGGCAAAGUUUUAAUAAAGCAUUGAAUUACUCUACUGUUA